ACAGUCAGCGUGCGGUUAUCGAAGAGAUCACGGACACAGUGGCCCCCUCCUAGCCUUAUACACGACCUUGAUGCGUGCUCGAGGCUCCCUAGCUAAUCGCGCUCUUCCUCAUGCUGGCUCAUCGCCCACGAUCGGACGUGACUGUCCUCCGGGAUGGCAAUGUGAGCGAUCACCAGUCCAGCCGUUUGUCUCCCGUUGACGACAUGCCUCGAGCCAUGCGCAACCUCUACUACGCCGUCCAUAUCUUGAGACGCAGACACUUCGACCUGUUGUUCAAGCAGUGUUGGGCUUCGCGUGUCAAGCAGUGGCUCGCAACCACGCGCGAGCUGCGACUCACGGAGGGUCGUCCCACCGGGGAUGACAAUGGCAGGAAUACUUGCUUCCUUCAUGCACUACCACUCGCCCUUGGCUGUGCUAUGCCCAGAGUGCAGCUUCUUACAAUCAGUGCACUGUGUGGUUACGUGCACAUGUCAUUUUUCCCUGCCCUAUCGCGGUUCUCGUCCGUCGAGUCACUGGACCUGGCCUGGUGUUCGCUGAACCGCUCACAGCUUCAGCAGAUCAUUCUUUCUUUCCCCCUGCUUACGUCACUCACAUUGAAUGAGAUUCGAAUCACAUCACACCACCCUGCUAGCUCUGUGGUGGUUACAGCCUUUCGCCCACCAUCUGACAUACACCUGCGCCAUCUUCGUGUCUGUGCGCACUAUAACCUCAGAUUCUUCGACUGGAUAGCGCAGUCAGGACUCUGCAUCUCUCUCGAGCAUCUGUCGAUCAGUGUUCGUGAAGAUUUGCCGCGGGAAAGCAUGAACGCACUCCUCAAAACCGCAGGGUCCUCCUUGACUCGAUUACUGACCCACGAAUCUUAUGGCGACCUAGUGCACAAUACCGCCUUACAGUCCUUGUAUCUCCGUUUCCUUCUCAGGAAAGGUUUUGGCCCGACAAGACUAUAACUGGGUUGAAGAGUUAUACGGCAGCCUCUCCACUGUCCGAAGCCACCAGCUCGAGCACGUCGACAUCGCUAUUUCUGUUCACUC